AUGGCUUUACGUCAGGACGCAUCACUGCUACACAUGACUCGCGCGCCACAGGACACAGGACGAGGAGAUUGCUCCGCACCUAUGCGGAGACACUCGCUUGAUCCUACCCGACAUGCGGAGAUGCCGCCGUCGCUCUCCGCAUGCCAGAUGUAUUUGAGAAGAGCGGCGAUAAGAGCAUAUAGCGUAGCUGUAGAGCUGCGCCACUACCGCCGGGUUCUAUUACAGGGUCAAGCUGAAACAGUAAGGAGGAACCGUAAUGCGCCCCGCAGUUACGAGCAUCACGGGGGCUCCAGGUCCUUCAGCCAGCAUUAUCAUCAAUUGGCGCUUGAGGGAAGGGGAGAUCUCGGGCAUUUUGCAGAUUGUAUUCUGACUUCAUGGAGCCCAAAAUACGCCGAUGAAGAGAAGAAAGCGCCAAUACGGGAUCUGGCUGAGAAAUUACAUGCUAAGGUGCAUGAUCAAUUAUCACAGACUCAGGUCGAUUCUAACACUCCGACCCGAUUAAGUAGAGAGGAGGAGGAUAGCAUCAUCGAGACGGUCAUUGGACUGAGUAGGAAGAACAGAUACCGGUGGAGAGGAUCCGAGCAUCGGCCGUACGAGUCCAGUAGCACCUACGAGUCUGCAGCACAACCAGGAUGUAGUUCUUCUCAAGAACCGACUAUGGAGCAGCGGAUGAAAGCGAUGGAAGAUUGGCAGUCGCAUCGAGAGUCAGAGCUACUCCAGAUGGCGGAGGAAGAACGGAGGCGCCGGGAGCAGAGGGAGCUGGAAUUCGCCCAGUUCAUAUCGACUCUGCCUUCUGAUUCUCAGGAGGCAUAUAGGAGACGGUUUAUGGCGGAUCAGGCUGGGACUUCUCGACAAGGUGGAGUUAGUGAUGAGGAUGAUGAUGAUCGAGACUGAUUUUAUUUCUUUUAACAUUGAAAACAAUG